UAUCCAGCUGCCUUGAGGUCAGUCAAAAUCCGCAAAACUGUCUGGCGAUCAGUCACUCGGACGCGCGGAACGGUGCCGAAAGUCACGCCGGUCCAUUAUAGCGUUUCAUUAUGCUGCCCUGUGUAUCCAUAUCUGUCGGCGGGUGAAUAAAGACAGAAAGCUCGGAUACGUUGCUGGAUAAAGCCGCAGACGUUCGCCCGAGGAGGAAGGUGUUACUUGGGAACGACUACAGGAAACUCUUCCCGUGCCUGUCUGCCCCGACGGCGCAAUUUCAUGCGGGAUCGUUUAUGACUCGUUCGGAAAAACGAUGAACAUUCGCGGUGGUGUUUGUUUUGGAUUUUCAGCCUGAACAACUUGGCAAAUACUUGGGAUGCGCUGGGCGUUGUGAGGAAAAAUAGUAUCAACAAACACGUCGGCUUGCAAACAUCCCGAUAACUUAUUCAUCGGUCGCCCGGUUGGACGAUUAAAACAUGUCGAACAACGCAAAGUUCAAGAAGGACAAAGAAAUCAUCGUGGAGUACGAGAGCCAAGUCAAAGAGAUCCGAGCGCAGCUGGUGGAGCAGCAGAAAUGUCUGGAGCAGCAGACGGACAUGAGGGUGCAGCUUCUUCAGGACCUCCAGGACUUCUUCCGCAAGAAGUCCGAGAUCGAAAUGGAGUACUCGCGCAACCUGGAAAAGCUGGCCGAGCGCUUCAUGGCCAAGACCAGGAGCACCAAAGACCACCAGCAAUAUAAGAAAGACCAGAAUCUCUUGUCGCCGGUGAACUGCUGGUACCUGUUGUUGAACCAGGUUCGAAGGGAGAGCAAAGAUCAUGCCACGUUGAGUGACAUUUAUCUCAACAACGUCAUCAUGCGCUUCAUGCAGAUCAGUGAAGACUCUACACGCCUUCUGAAAAAGAGUAAAGAUAUCACCUUUCAGCUGCAGGAGGAUCUGAUGAAAGUUCUCAACGAGCUCUACACGGUGAUGAAAACCUACCACAUGUAUCACACGGAGAGCAUCAGUGCUGAAAGCAAGCUGAAAGAAGCAGAGAAGCAGGAGGAGAAGCAGAUUGGACGGGCGGACCCCGUCUUUUACAUCCGCAUGGAGGACAAACACCAGAGGAGGAGCUCCGUGAAGAAGAUCGAGAAGAUGAAAGAGAAGAGGCAGGCCAAGUAUUCUGAGAACAAGCUGAAGUCGAUCAAAGCUCGGAACGAAUACCUGCUGACGCUCGAAGCCUCUAAUGCUUCAAUCUUCAAGUAUUACAUCCACGACUUGUCCGAUUUAAUAGAUUGUUGUGAUCUGGGAUAUCAUGCCUCUCUGAACCGGGCUUUGCGGACGUACCUCUCAGCUGAAUAUAACCUGGAGACAUCUCGACACGAGGGCCUGGACAUCAUCGAGAAUGCAGUGGACAGUCUGGACCCCCGCAGUGACCGCCAGCGCUUCAUGGAAAUGUACCCUACUGCCUUCUGCCCACCCGUCAAAUUUGAGUUCCAGCCACAUAUGGGAGAUGAGGUGUGUCAGAUAACAGCACAGCCUCCCAUGCAGGCUGAGCUCCUGCUGAGGUUCCAGCAGCUUCAAUCUCGCCUGACCACGCUAAAGAUCGAGAAUGAAGAGAUCAAGAAGACGUCAGAAGCCACUCUCACUACCGUCCAGGACAUGGUGACCAUCGAGGACUAUGACGUGUCGGAAUGUUUCCAUCACAGCCGUUCCACUGAAUCGGUCAAGUCCACCGUGUCAGAGACCUACCUCAGCAAGCCGAGCAUUGCCAAAAGACGUGCCAACCAGCAGGAGACAGAGCAGUUCUAUUUUAUGAAAUUUCGCGAGUAUCUGGAGGGCAGCAAUCUCAUCACCAAACUCCAGGCAAAACACGAUCUACUGAAGAGAGCCCUUGGGGAUGGAUACCGGGCUGAUUAUGCAACCACGAGGCCUCCCAGCCUUCCUCCUAAACCAUUUGGCACUCAGAGGCCCAGGCCACGCUCCGUAUUUAACGUUAAGCUAUUUAAUGGCAAUUUGGAGUCAUUUGUUAAGGAUUCUGGACAGGCGAUACCAAGGGUUGUUGAAAGCAGUAUUCGAUUCAUCAACCUAUAUGGCCUCCAGCAUCAAGGCAUAUUCAGAGUAUCUGGAUCUCAACUUGAAGUCAACGAUAUUAAGAACUCAUUUGAGAGAGGAAACGACCCCCUGACAGACGAGGAGAAUGAUCAUGAUAUAAACUCGGUGGCAGGUGUUCUUAAACUCUACUUUCGAGGUUUGGAGAACCCUCUCUUUCCAAAGGAGAGAUUCACUGAUCUCAUUUCCUGUAUCAGAAUAGAGAACCUGUAUGAGAGAGCUCUGUAUAUUCGUAAGAUCCUCCUGACUGUACCCAGAUCAUUUCUGGUAGUCAUGCGAUAUCUCUUCUCCUUUCUCAACCACUUGUCCCAAUACAGCGAUGAGAAUAUGAUGGACCCCUAUAAUUUGGCCAUCUGCUUUGGCCCCACCCUCAUGCCCACCCCGGACACUCAGGACCAGGUCUCCUGUCAGGCCCAUGUUAAUGAGGUCAUCAAAACCAUCAUAAUCCACCACGAGACCAUCUUUCCUGACACUAAGGAGUUGGACGGCCCUAUGUACGAGAAGUGUAUGGCCGGUGGAGACUAUUGUGAGAGUCCAUUCAGCGAACAUGGAGUUUUGGAAGAAGUUGAUCAUGAGGGAGGAACCCACACCAGCGAGGAUGAAGGGGAGCCCAUCGAAGCCAUCGCGAAGUUUGAUUACGUGGGCCGGUCUGCACGUGAGCUGUCGUUCAAGAAGGGGGCAUCUCUACUGCUGUAUCAGAGAGCAUCGGAAGACUGGUGGGAGGGGAGACACAAUGGCAUAGACGGUCUAGUUCCUCACCAGUACAUCGUUGUGCAGGACAUGGACGACUCAUUCUCUGACACUCUGAGUCAGAAGGCGGACAGCGAGGCCAGCAGUGGACACGGAGAGGAAAAAUGUCCCGUUAGGGAUAUGGGAUCCCCGACAGAUGGCAGAAUAGCCGAUGCUUAUGUCAGCAGGCACAGGAAGAGAAGCAACCCCCCGACUCGCCGGCCUCCGGCCUGCCCCACUGAGUCACACUGCAUGGUCCAUCCUUCCCAGGGCCACCACACUAACCGUAGUACCCAUGGUAGUCAUGGCAACCCAGAUUUGGGUUCCCCGGUGGUGGGCCACUACAGCCCACGGGAGCUUCUGAGAGGAAGAGCGCACAUGCCCAUGGACAGCCCAGAGAGACGCAGACGCACUGGCCACGGCAGUCUGACCAACAUCAACCGCCACGAGUCCAUCAAGAAGAUGGAAAGCCCGCCCAUCCGCAGGUCCACCUCUUCGGGCCAGUAUACGAACUUCUCUGAGCCUCACGGCAAGGGCCUGGAUCCAGAGAGCAUCGCACAGGACAUUGAGGAGACGAUGAACACAGCUCUGAAUGAGCUGAAGGAACUAGAACGGCAGAGUUCUGCCAAACACGCCCCUGACGUGGUGCUGGACACCCUGGAGCAGAUGAAGAACGCUCCCACGCCGACCAGUUCCACCGAGUCCCUCAGCCAGGUGCACGGCCUCCUGAUGCGGCCCGCGGGCGGCGAGACGGCCAUGCGGCGUAGUACCAGCUCUUCCGGCGACACCAUGAGUACCUUCAAGCCCGUCAUAGCUCCACGCAUGGGUGUGCAACUCAAGCCCCCCGCCCUGCGGCCCAAGCCCGUGAAUGCGAUACCCAAGACGGUUGCGGCGCAACAUCCAGGGCCUCCCCCGCAGGAUCCACUGGACAAAUCCUGCACCAUGUGAUCUCAUUCUGAGCGAGACAAUCAGGGACCGAGAGAGGAACAAGAUCAAGAAUUUUUGUUGAUUUUAAUUCCAAUGAACAUCCAUGUGUGGUUCGUCAAUUUCUUCUGUGGUGCCAUUGUCGUCUCCACCAUUUCUUUGGCUCUGAGGAACGAAUGGAAAUAAAUAAAGGUUAAAUACAGAAACGUUAUAACAGAUCUAGAAACAGUUUCCUGAUACUCUCAUGCCGUGGUCAGGAUUAACAAGAUCACUUGAUCCCUUUUUGAUCAAGACCUGUGUAUAUUCAAUGCUUGUAAUUAUAUUAUAGGUUUUUUAAUGAGAUGCAAUAACAGCAGAUGCUACGCAUGAUUCAGGAGAGUAAACUUAAGGUUUAUAUUUGUAUCUUGGGUUUUGGUGUUACUGGAUUCGUAAAUUAAGCAAACUAAGGGAUAUUUUCAGACACCUGAGAUGUUUCAUCACAUGUCAUUCUUAGUCUAGAACUACGCAACUAAUCCAAUUCAGUUCGCACGCAUGUCCAACCCCUUUGCUAUGUGAUACUCUGUGUGAAUAGAAUAAGAUAAUCUGACAACAAUACACAAGAAAGCGACAAAUCACUACAGCUUCUUGUGUUGUUUGGGUGACUAAAUAAGUAGUUUACAUCCACUAGGAACUUGAUAAAUGUGAAUAAUACAGAAACUAAGCUGGGUCUUUGGUUUCUUUGUGUUUACAGCAUUAAGGAUUGUGGGAAAUGUAGUCAUUGCAUCUCAGAGAAUUUGUCUAGCUGAAUCGGCCUAGUCAACACUUUUUUUUUUUUUUUUACUGAGGGUGAAUCGAGAAGUGACGCUGGAAAUACCACGAGGACACGUGUCAUGUUUGAUGCAUCCUGAUUGGCUGUUUGAGACAGUUGGCUUCGAAGUUGUACGUGCAAGGCUUUAGUUUGGAUAUUAUAUUUUUGAUAAUAAUAUUUGAAUAUAUACCCAGGGAGUUUGCGUACACCAGAUCCACAUAUGUUGAACAACCAAAUUUUAGUUGAUUAGUUGUUUUGUUUCUUUGAAGAACUUCACUCGUUUUCUUAUUUAGAAAUAUAUAUAUAUUUUGUAUAUAGAAAUGUACAUCAACUAACCCUUUUUAUUAUGUUUAAUCCCAGGUCAAUUUUGAACAGUUGCUCACAAGGAACAAUAUUUCUUUAUAUAUAUUUUUAGUACUUAUCAGCUUGAUUAGAUGUAAUAUGUUAAUAGUAAAGUCUAGCUGCCAAAAAGAUAAAGUUAUUUUACAAGUGCUGCUUAUAAAAUGUUACGGCUAUGAGAAGCUUCUGGUCUGCUUGACUGUCUAAACGCUUGGCUCGGUUCUGUCUUAUAUAGCAUGAAUGAUAAUCCUUUAGUUGUGACAUGCAAGUACUUUUCUAGAAACCUUUGAAGGCAAUAUUUCUCGUUUCACCAAACAAAGGAAUGAUUCCAAUAGCCAUGGACUUGGAGACUGUUAUUGCAGUGCUUUCAUGAGAUAGUAAAAAGUUUCUUAUUGUGUUUUUAGAGUCACACCGUGUAAUAAUGUCACAUACUGCACCACAUCCAAAUGAUGUCACACAAGGUACCCAAAGAAGAAGAAUUAUCGCGCCCCAUUUUAAAGAUUCUGUAUUUGCACUCAUGAAAGGCCAGCCUUUUAACUUCAACAUAACGAAAAGCCGAAUGUAUACAGCAUAUAAGUUUGAUUUAAUUUUAUCCCGUUCUGACAUUAAAAAAUAAACAUGCAAGUGCAUUUAAAUUAUUAAAACAGUUCGACAACACAACAAUAGCUUAGCGUGUGUGUGCUUAAACUGUAUUCACUGAUAUAAUUAUACGAAAUGUAAUCGUAUUUAGAUAGAAUAUUUUAUUAAAUGUGUCAGAUAGUGUUACAGAAUUGUGUACUGUAUGCGGUGCAUAACUACACAGAGGGAAAUACUGUACAUGACUCUUAUUUUAAAGAUUUAAUUAUAAGAUUUCUGAACAUACUAAAGCUUUUUGAGUACCAUUUUUAAUCAACCAUAUUAUUGUUUCAACAUACAUUUGAGAUGGUUUACCCUGUUGAAAAAACUAGCAUAUGCUGUAUGUUUUGAUGCUGGUUUGUGCUGGAAUAAGGUCACAUGCAGGUUUAAGCUGGGCCUGGGCUGGUUUAAGAUGGUGAGGAACCGGCACAUGACCAGCUUAAACCAGCAUAAAAACAUACCUAACCCAACAUAUGCUGUUUUUUCAACAGGGACAGGUCUCUUUAAAUCUUUGAGAAAGUGUUUUCCCUGCAAAACAAACACAGUAGGAUCUCGUGGCCAUGUGUCCAUCUACUUCUUCGUCCCAUGUAGCCUAUUUGUGAAAGUGCCUUUAAAAACGGUUUUAGAGGAACAUCAUAAAUGUCCUCUGUGCUGUGGCAUUCAUCUUUCAGAUAACAUUUAAGGAUUCUAGUUAAUAAAUUAUUACUAACGUGCUUCUAGCUAAAUUGUUUGAAUGAUGAAAUGAUAAAGAUACCGCUUAUUCAUCGUGACAUUGCACUUUUGUGUAAGACUGUAUAUUUGGCAUGUAACUUCUUAAGUUGUAGUCUUGGGGGGUACUGCACCUUUCUAAUAAAGAACAUCGUUUGGUCAGUUCA